UCAAGGUCUAAAUUAACAUGGAUAUGGUGAUGAAGUUGGGAGCAGAAAGUCCAGUGGUGAUUCUUAGCAAGAGCACUUGCUGCAUCUCUCACAGCAUCGAAACCCUAAUUCGAGGUUUUGGGGCAAACCCUACCGUUUACGAGCUCGAUAAACUUUCAAAUGGGAAGGAAAUGGAGAAGGCAUUGAUUGAAUUACUAGGAUGUAAAUCAAGUGUGCCAGCUGUGUUCAUUGGAGAAGAGUUUGUUGGUGGUUCUAAUGAGAUUAUAAGUCUUAAUGUUAGAGGCAAGCUCAAAAACUUGCUUCUAAAGGCUAAUGCUAUUUGGAUAUAG